CUUAUUUCGGUUGCCUCCAAGGCAUUGGCAUCCAUUUUGAUCGCAGACUAUCCCCAGUAGGUGAAUCAUCCUACCGUGAAGAACACGCUGGUUUCCGUCCCGGCCGCGGAUGCGUGGAUCAAAUCUUCAUGCUCCGCCAGCUCCUCGAACAUCGCCACUUUUAUCACAGGCCCACUACUGUUGCAUUCCUAGACGUACGUGCCGCUUUUGACUCCGUUGAUCGACCUGCUUUAUGGCGUUGCUUACUAAAGAACGAGAUGCCAGAGAAAUAUACCGCCAUCUUUCGAGCACCUUACCUUCAUACAUGCGUCAGAGUGAGGGUCUAUGGCAAGCUUUCCUUGCAAUUCGCUGUCAAUAGCAGUGUGCGACAGGGUUGCCCUAUGUCCCCAUUCCUCUUCAACUUCGCAAUCGAAGACGUUCUGUUGAAUGCUCUAGAAGGUUUCCAACAUGUUGGCCUAGAGCUUCUACCGGGUGAUCACGCGACCGACUUAGAUUGUACUGAUGAUAUCGCCUUACUUGGUGACGAUUCUCAGGGUAUGCAACUCAUUCUGGGUCGUUUGGCGGUUGAAGCAUCUAAGUAUGGCAUGAGCUUCUCCCCAUCGAAGUGUAAAGUACUGCUCAAGGAUUGGCUUUCACCUGCUCCCGUGCUCACUCUUGAAGGUGCACAACUUGAACAGGUAAAUAGUUUUGUCUACCUUGAGAGCUGUGUUUCUGCUGACGGCAUUAUCAACAAAGAUGUUUCUCUUCGCAUCGAUAAAGUUCGAUCAGCAUUUGUCAAUCUGAGGCACUUGUGGCAUCGUCGCGACGUCUCAUUCUCGCUGAAUCGCAGCGUUUACAGCGCAUCAGCUAGCACAGUAUUGUUGUAUGGGGGCGAGUCCUGGCCGAUUCGCGUGGAAGAUAUGCGUCGUCUCUCUGCCUUCGAGAACAGUUGCUUUAAGAGGGUUGUUCGUGUUUGCUGGCAACAUUGA